CCAAACUUCUGCAUCAGGACCGGAGGGAGGUCGCACCGUGACACUUUCUAUCGCAGCGGUCAGAAGUUUGUUGCAGCACAUGUCUGUGCAACAGAUAAAUAACACGGAGCAGUUAGUUCAGCGGUAAAUAAUAAUAAUAAUAAUAAUAAUGAUGAUGAGUCCGGUUUUGUGUCUCUUGCUCCUGUUUCUGCGGAGCGCGGAGCUCCGUCAUGUCCAGCCCGGGUCAGCGCGGGAGGUGCAGCGGGCGGAGGAUGCUGGCACACCGGCCGAGGAGACAAAGGAGUCUCCGUCCUCGGGGAGGACUUUCCCGGUUGAAAGUGAGAACUUGAGACGAGUCCCCCGCGGAGCCAAGGAUAAACAUCCCGGGAAAAGAGACCCGCACACGCCGAGCAGUCACGGGCACCCGCGGAGGUACGACGACCCGAGCGGUUACUUCACCACGCCGCGGAGCGAGCGGGACUCCUCCGCCCGGCUGGGUAACUCCACUGCGGGUCAGGGGUCGGGCAUCCACAACCCGCUGUUCCCGGUCACCGACGGCUCGUACUGGGCGUACGCGAUCAUGCUGCUGGCGCUCGUGCUGUUCGCGGCGGGUAUCGUGGGUAACCUCGCGCUCAUGUGCAUCGUGUGGCAUAACUUUUACCUGAAGAGCGCGUGGAACUGCAUCCUGGCCGGGCUCGCGUUCUGGGACUUCCUCGUGCUCUUCUUCUGCCUCCCGGUGGUCGUCUUCCACGAGCUCACCUGGACGAGGUUGCUAGGAGACCUGUCCUGCAGGCUCGUGCCCUAUUUGGAGGUGACCUCUCUAGGUGUGGCCACAUUCAGCCUCUGUGCUCUGAGUAUUGAUCGCUUCCAUGCAGCCACCGGCCCCGGGCCCCUACAGAUGCCGAAGGUGGAGCCCUGCCAGUCCAUCCUCUCCAAGCUGUCCGUCAUCUGGGUGGGCUCCCUGGUGCUGGCAGCCCCUGAGCUGCUGCUGUGGCAGCUCAUCCAGGAGACCGUCAGCCUGCCGAUGGUCCCCGCUGACCUGCAGCAAGGCCAGCCAGGAGGCUCACUGAUGGCUGCCUUCAGGGCCCGAGCAGACAAACUUAAGGUGGAUGUCUGCAUCCGUGAGCCAUCAGUGGAGCUCCCAGACAGCAUCUACUCUCUGGUGCUGACUUAUCAUGAGGCCCGCAUGUGGUGGUUCUUUGGGUGCUACAUCUGUUUGCCUCUGCUCUUCACUCUGGCCUGCGACUUGGUGACGAGGCAAGUGUUAGGCCAGCGUUUGCCACAAAAACCCGGCGGGGAGAAGGUGACCAGCAGAUGCUCCUCCUCUUCUUCGUCUUCGUCCUCGACAAAGAAAAAGCAGCAUGUGAGGGAGCAGAGGCUGCGCUCCACUGUGAUGGCGCUCACCGUCUUGUACAUCACAUGCAACCUGCCGGAGAGCGUUUUUAACAUCACCCUGGCGUACGUCUCCGAUAACGUCACCGCUGCGCUCCCGGCUCUGGUUCUGCCAGCGCUGGGUAUGAUUGGACAGUUCCUGCUGUUCGUGCGUUGCUCGGCGACGCCGGUGUUGCUGCUGUUCCUGUGUCGCUCGCUGGGUCAGGCCUUCAUGGACUGCUGCUGCUGCUGCUGUGAAGAGUGCCUGCCCGACGGCAACUCCUCUUCGUCCUCAUCUGCUUCAACCACCGCCACGUCCAACCUCUCCUCCUCACCCACAUCGCCCUCUCCAUCCUCCCUGUCUCCCUCCAGCAAAGAAGAGACGAAGAGCAUGUUGGCGACAGAACCGGCAGUCUGUUAUGACAGAGCGAAAGACUCCUCAACAGCUCUCGGGACGCCCUGCUGAGGUCCAGAACUGCAUUUAACCCCAUGUAGCUUUAAAGGAUCAUUUGAUUUUAUCACAGUUUGGGUCUUGUUUUUGUAGUUUUGUCCCUCAUAUCCAUCAGUUAUAUUCAUAUUGACUCACCAAGUUAAUAGUGAAGAUCUAGGCACAGCGAUUUUACUAAAACACGAAACACGAGCUGACCAUCAGAGUCUGUUCUCCUGUUUGUUGUCGACGAACUAGACCAAGUCCUGACCUCAACCCCCUCCAACACCUUUGGGAUGAACUGGAAUAGAGCCAGACCUUUUCACCCAAACAUCAGCGUUGAACCUCAUUAAAUGCUCUUGUGGUUGAAUGGGAGCAAAUCCCUGCAGUCGGCAUCCAAAAUCUCUGGUUGAAAGUCUGAAACCAGAAGAGAGCAGCUUGUGAUUUUGGUGUCACAUGUUCAACUUUGACGCAGUAUAUUAGGGUGAUGUUCAGUUGGGUUUCUCAGAACCUCCGCUGCUGGGAAAUGAAUGCACCCAGGCAUCAUUCACAGGCCCACCUCAGGUCUGCAGAUGAUCCACCUCUUUGCCAAUAUUUUGAUUAGACGGGAGGCAGAAGAAGCAAUACAUUCCUCAGCACUUUGGAAAACUACAGGUGACGUCACUCAUUAUUUAUACUGUCAUUGGUCUAAACCUUUGCAGCGGUGGUGCAGUAAUAAGCACUGUCACCUCACAGCGUAGGUUCUCUCUGGCUUCCUCCCUCAGUCCAAAGACAUGCACUUUGUAUGUGAAUGGUUCUUGUUCUUCCUGUCUCCUACUACGUCGCUUUCGUUGUCUCUUUAGGAAUUUCCAGCCCGUCUAAUCGUCGUCGAUCUCAGCUGUUAACUUGGUGAAAACUGUGUUGAUGGACAAAACUAAGAAUGAAAGCCGAGUUGUGAUAAAGUGUAAUGAUCCUUUAAUCUCAGUCUGUAUGAACUGAUGGUGUAGCAGCAGAAACUUCUCUGACUAGAUUUAGACGAUUAUAAACGAUAGUUUAGCGUUCGCCUGUGAUGGAUUUCAUCCUCGUCAUUUCUUUAGAUACGUUUUAUAAGUCUUAAUCAUUUUCUAAUGCUCAUCAGGACAUUAGUACGACCUGCUCUAAGUACUGUAUUAGACAGAAACACUGGAUAAUCUGAGUUUUAAGACUUUUGUCGGCAGACUGACGGACUGCUGUGAACCUCGUGAGCUGUUUUUUUAUUUUGGAAAAAAACAAACAUGAUUUUGCUGUUGCUGCUCAUUCACCUGACUUACACUGGAUAUUUAGUGUGAGGACAUUAGACAUCACACAAUCAACAUUUCACCCUACGUGAAACAAUUCAGUGUGAAGUUUUACUUUUUUUUAAAACUUGUUUUAUGACUCUUGGUUUAGUAAAGUUUAGUUUUUCCUUCAGUCACCUGUGAGUAAUCACUUUAUUAACUGAUACAAACAGCAGAGCUGAAUGCUCCGUCUGUGUUUACAGAGCAUUUUAUUCUACUAAUCACUGGGAUAGAAAUGUGUAACACUUUUCACAGUCUGUUCAGAAGAUGAAACUCUGGCGUACUUAUGAGUUUAAAUAUGAAUUUAACUGUUGUUAAACUUUUUUAUGAGCUGCUUUUGAUUUCCUUUAAUCAAAACUACGCAUGUUUGUAGGAAUCACAUCUUAAAAGACACAUCUGAUGAU